GAGCUGCACUCCUGUUCUUGUUCUUUGUACACGUCUCGUAGCUUCUACAGAAGAAAACACAAUGAUGGUCUAUUUGGUUUCAGUGGGUUUGGCAACCGUCCUCAUCCUACCGAUCGCGCUCAGAACUUUGUUCCCGUAUCUUUGGAUGGAUCUUUUGUAUUUCGGAGAUCUUGUGCGGAUCUUAGUGAAGUUCUCGUCGAGGCGCAGGAGGAGACCCCUCUUCUUUGUUUUGGACCGCUUCUUGGAGCAGACCGCCGCGCACCCAGACAAGAUCUUCGUUGCGUUUGAGAGUGAAAGCUACUCGUACGCGUACACGGACCGCAGGAGCAACAGGACGGCCAACGCGCUGCAGUCUCAGCCGGGCUACAAACCUGGGGACACCGUGGCGCUGUUCAUGGGGAAUGAGCCCGCCUUCAUGUUCACCUGGCUGGCCCUGGCUAAGUUGGGCUCUCCCGUGGCUCUUCUCAACCACAACAUCCGCACCAAGUCUCUGCUGCACUGCUUUAACUGCUGCAAGGCCAAGGUGUUGAUCGCAGCUCCCGAGCUAAAGGAAGCGGUGAGGGAUGUGCUGCCCUCACUGAAGGAGCAGGGCGUUACUGUCCUCCUGAUGGCCAAGCACUGUGACACACCUGGGAUCAAGAGCUUCUCUGAUGAAGUGGACGAGGCAUCGGACGCUUCGCUCCCUCGCCACCUGAGAUCACACAUCACAUUCAAAAGUCCUGCAGUUUAUAUUUACACCUCUGGAACAACGGGUCUGCCGAAGGCCGCUGUGGUCAAUCAGAACCGCCUCUUAACCGCUCUGGCCGUCUUGUCUGCUAACGGUGUAACGUCCAAUGAUGUCAUCUACCUAAACCUGCCUCUGUACCACACAGCUGGAUUCAUUGUUGGCUUUAUUGGCGCUAUUGAGACAGGGUCAACUAUCGUUCUGAAGAGGAAGUUCUCUGCCUCUCAGUUUUGGGAUGACUGCAGGAAAUACAAUGUGACUGUUGUGCAGUACAUAGGAGAGGUGAUGCGUUACCUCUGUAGUACGUCAAAGAAAGAAAAUGACAAGGAACAUAAAGUGAGACUGGCCAUUGGAAACGGGAUCAGAGCAGAGAUAUGGAGGGAGUUUCUCAAUCGCUUUGGGAACAUUCAGGUCCGAGAGUUUUACGCCUCGACCGAGGGGAACGUGGGAUUUCUCAACUACGCAGGAAAGAUUGGAGCUAUUGGUCGAGUCAACUUUUUUCAUCAGAAGCUGUUUCCCUUCACUCUUAUUAGGUACGACACAGAGCGGGAUGAGCCCAUUCGAGAUGCUAAUGGUUUCUGUGUGGAGUCGCCCAAAGGUGAGACCGGGCUGCUUGUGUCGAAGAUCACAAACAUCGCUCCUUUCGUCGGCUACGCGCAGAACGAGGAACAAACGGAAAGGAAAAGACUUCGUGAUGUUUUGAAGAAGGGAGAUCUUUACUUCAACAGCGGCGACCUAAUGAGGAUCGACAAAGACAACUUCAUUUACUUUCAGGAUCGUGUGGGCGACACGUUCAGGUGGAAAGGUGAGAAUGUGGCCACAAACGAAGUGUCUGACAUCCUGACGCUGUGUGAUUGUCUCAAAGAGGCCAACGUUUAUGGAGUCCAAGUGCCAGGACAUGAGGGGCGGGUAGGCAUGGCAGCUGUCACUGUGAAGGAAGGUUCCCAGUUUGAAGGCAGUAGAGUAUACAACCAUUUGGUUAACUACCUGCCUUCAUAUGCUCGACCUCGCUUCAUCAGAAUACAGAAUGAAGUGGAGGUGACGGCGACUUUCAAGCAGAUGAAAGUGAAGCUAGUGGAGGAGAGCUUUGAUCCAAGGCGUAUCCAGCACCCAAUUUACAUCCUUGAUGAUAAAGAGAAAAGUUACAUCCCGCUGACAGCUCAGGUCUACAGCUCCAUCAUAUCAGGAAACAUCAAACUAUGAGGAGGAGUAUUCACAAACUAUUGUUUGAUGAGAUGAGAAAACCAUUUAAGACAAUAGCUAUUGGACUCUCUCUCAGCUGUACUAACAGAAUACAAGCAGCACGUGUUGGUUUGAGCUACAAUAAUGCAUGUAAUACAGGAUUUUGGACAGAUUCUAUAUUUUUGUGACAACAUAUGUACAUAUAAAUUGCUUUCCUAAAAAUAAAAGUGAUUCU